CCUCCCUCCCGCGCGCCUCCUCUCCUCCCGCCUCGUCGCCGCCUCCUCUCCCCUCCCGCGCCCGCCUCCCUGCCCUGCCGCCGGCGCCGCCGCUCGCCCGGGCACCCAUCCCCGGCCUCACGCCGCGAGAUGGGGGCCGCGCGCGACGAGGCCGGCCUAGCCGCCGCCUCCUCCUCGCACACGCGCCCCCGUCCCUCGUCCUCCCGCAUCCCAGCCCCCGCUCGCCCCCGACCUCUCCCUCCCUCGCACCUCCCUCGCACCUCGCCGGCCCGCCCACGUCGCCGCCGCCGAUGCCCCUCGGAUCCCACCGCGGUGGACCUUCUCCUCGUCUCCCUCGCUCCCGUCCCCCCUCUCCUUCCCUCGGAGCCCCAGCAGAGGGAGGACGAGGAGCACAACGACGACGAUGGCGGGGAACAGCAGCAGGCAGCAGCAGGUCGCGAGCGACGAGCAGCAGCGGAGGGAGGACGAGGAGCACGACGGCGGCGGUGGCAGAGAGUGGUGUACAGCGCCGCCAGGGCCGUGCUGGAGCGGCUGAUGCGUCGGCCGCAUCCGCCGAGGAGCCGGCUGCUAGCCCUGGCCCGUCUCCUCCUCCCUCGGGAUUUGAUCCAGACAGGUCCACCGGGCCCUUCGGGGUUCCACGGUUGCACGGGCCAGCUCGGCUGCGACGGACGCUGCUGCCGCCGGCCUCGGCCGCCGCGCGACCGUGUGGAUGGCGCUCGCCGUGUCCCUAUCCGCGCCCGCCUACUACACGGCGCCGCCCCCAUCAGUGUCGGCGCUCACGGAGGAGAACCUGCUGUUCCUGGAGGCGUGGCAUGUGGUCGACCACGGCUACUAUUACAAGUCCUUCAACGGGCAGAGCUGGUUCAGAUGCGGCGAUUAAGAAGAUGCUUGCAACAUUGGAUGAUCCGUUCACUCGGUUACUGGAACCCGAGAAAUUCAAAAGUUCGCGGUAAGUCUGGCACGCAAGGUGCCCUCAUGGGUGUAGGUUUAUCCAUCGGCUAUCCAUUGGCGCCUAAUGGAUCAACUACAAGGCUAUCUGUAAUGUCAGCUGCCCCACGGGGUCCUGCAGAAAAGGCGGGCAUCGUGUCUGGAGACGUUAUUUUGGCAAUUGACGAUGCAAGUGCGCAAGACAUCUGGGUCCUGAGAAGCUCAGUAGAUUUGACUAUUCUCAGUGGAGCUGAUACCAGACAUUUUGUUUUGAAGAGAGAAAGAUAUACUUUAAACCCGGUAAUGUCAAGGAUGUGUGAGAUUCCAGGUUCAGAGGACAGCUCAGAGAUCGGUUACAUCAAAUUAACAACAUUUAACCAAAAUGCUGCAGGAUCCGUGAAGGAAGCCAUUAAGAAAUUAAGGGAGAACAAUGUAAAGCCCUUCGUGUUGGAUCUGCGGAAUAACAGCGGUGGCCUUUUUCCUGAAGGGAUUGAGAUUGCGAAGAUUUGGAGGGACAUUGUUUUUAGCUUUAGACGAUUCAAUUAUUCAAGUGGAUAUAAGAUGUAGAAAAACAAUAUUAAAGGAUGCCAGCUGAUUCUUUUCCAAGCAAGGACGAUACGUUCUUCGUAAAGGUAAUUUUCUUCAUAUGGACCGUAGUAGCACAUAUCUUAUUAAAUGUCUCUGCCAUCAGUGUGAUUGAUUUCCCUUUGAUGAGGUGCAUCGUGCUCAUUGAUGAGUAGAUUCCGCCAAAUGUUUUUUUUAUGCAAUUGCUAUUGGAGGAUAUCAUUUCUUCUUUUAUCACAUCAUGUCUGCACAUUCGGGACUUCAGCACACUGUUAAAAAUGGAGUUGACUGUGUUCCAAGGUGCUAACCAGACCAACAAUAUUUUUGUAGGCAUAUACAAAUAGAAAGAAUAUAUGAUCUGACCUCAUUUCUUAAUCCUACAGUAUCUUGCUGCAUUAGCGUACAAGCUGUUACAUACGAAUAUGGAUUGACUGAUAGUUUUGGGAUAAAUGGGACAAACAUAGGGUUGCAGAUUGUAAAUCUGAGUUUUUUUUCGCAAAUCAAUUUGACACUAAUCCUUAGAAAAAUAUAUUAUUUCUGUUGCAUAGAUUGCUUCAUGAGAGGCAAAGAUAGGAAGAGAGAUUCCAAAGGGAGCAAAGGCGGGAACAUGAGCGCAUGAAGUUUUUGCAGAAGCAAUCUAGACGAGCAGAGAAACAAAGACAAAAGGAGGAAUUCAGAAAAGAGAAAGAGAUGACGAGGCAGAAGGCUGCUAAUGAAAGGGCCACAUCACGAAGAAUUGCACGGGAGUAUAUGGAGCUUGUGGAAGAUGAGCGCUUGGAGCUAAUGGAAUUGGCUGCGCAAAGCAAAGGGUUACCCUCAAUGCUUUGUCUUGAUAGUGACACAUUGCAGCAGGUGGAGUCAUUCCGAGUGUGCAUGUGUUGCGAGCAGUGAUCAGCAUAGCUGAUUCAUCACUGCUGGUCCUUUUGGUGCGACUAUGGCUGGACUAUUGAUCUUCAUGAUGAAGAAAUGGCCAUAGCCAUGGGGAUCUUCCUGUUGCAGGUCGAGGCUGCCACGUAUUGUACCACUGUCGCGCCCAACAUCGAGGAGUGCGGCAGCACCGUGGCCAGGGCCAUCGCGUCCGGUGCCAAGAACGUGGCCAAGGGGAUCCUAUGGUACGGGGUGGUAACCGUGGACAGGCUCCACUUGGCGAACGAGGUCAGCCCGGAGAUGCUCGGGCAUAUCAAAAUGCUUCAUGUGUGUAUAUGUGACUAUUUGCUUAUGAUGAACUUGAGGACAGUCGUUAAGGUAUUCAUGGUGGAGGGAAAGGUUGAUGUUGGUCUUGGUCCUAUUUGUAAGUUUCUCACACUAUUUUUAUUAACGCAUGAUUCCUUACGAAAUGGUAACACUAUCUCUAUUAUAAACUGAACACUAAUGAGAAUUGUACUUAAUACUUCUGUGAGGACCACUUUUCUCAGCAGUUUCCUUAUAAUGUUUUCCUUCAUUUCCAAUGGACUGGUGAGAUGCAACCUGCUUGGAAUUCAAGGAAGAAGGGCAUUUCGAACGAAGAAAUCAGAUGAUGAAUUUAUCCCUGGAUGUUUAUGCCCGGAAGGAGGAGACAUACCAAUGAUAGUUUGAAUCAAACUAAUAGAAUACGCCACCAUCGAUUAUGGUGUCGAGGGACUAAAAUGUAAUGAACUGGUUGUGCGACUGUUGACCUCCUUGAAACUAAUCACGUUCUUCGCUCUUGAACUCAUGCAGUAGACAAGCAACUCUUCUUUUAUAACUGCAGACAAGUGCUCCGCAGGACACGCACAGCCGCCGCCACACCACACCGCAGAGACAGACGAGGAUGUGAUGCUGCUCCUUCUUUGGUGUAUGCGUCGGCGUGGCUUGUGGUAGUGAGGCAUAUCCUCGUGGGUAAUGCUAUUUGAAGACCAUUCAAGUGAUUUAAAAGAGAAGAUGUCCAGAAUGUAACGAGGUUGAAGAUGACGAUCAAAAGAUUGACGUAUUAAGCGACUGUCAAGAUGCCAAUAAUGCUUGCCCCCUGCCAUUAUUAGUAAUACCCUUGCUCUUCUUUAUGAAAUCUUUCCUAUUAUAUAUUGAUGCAUCAACUAUCAUUGUAGAUCGUGAGAUCCCUAUUUACAUGGAUGACUCAGCGGGUGGCCUUUGCGUGGCAGGCAUAUGUUCCCAGCCACCUUGUCAAUUGUAGGCUUAGAAUGAUUUGCUUCGUCCCAAGUGUUGUUCGUCGACGAUUACUUUGUAUGUCCAUGGUGAUUCUGAAUUUAGAGGACACGUAUGUUUUGGUAGGAAGUGUAUUGUUCUUAUGUUUUUUCCUGGUGUAUACUGACUCGUGCAGAUUAUGAAAUCCCUAUUUAAUGGAUC